AUGAGCUGUGCGUUCCAGGCGGAGCUGGUGCAUGCAAAACACUGUCAGGUUGUGUGGCUGACGUGGCGGCCCCAGCAAGGGGCUUUCAAGGCAAGGGAGUUGUGUGACAUUAUAGCAGCAGCGGUUGUGUCCCCCCCCCACGCCCGCACUCUCGUGGGCACAGAAACCCUCGUCCCCCUAAGGACACUGCAGACCCCCUCCCCUGGGGCAGCCGAGACUGAGAAGGAGCCUCCUGACCGUCCCAAAGGACAGGUUGGCAGAAGAAAGGACAGGUUGGCAGAAGACAGAAAUGGGCAUGACAUUACGGCAGAGCUUUGUGGGACUACGCAUUCAUUUUGGGAGCCAGAGCCUGCCAGGCGCUCCAAGACUCACAGAAUCGUAGAGCUGGAAGGGACCUCCAAGGCCACCGAAUCCAACUCUUUGGGCUUCUGGCCAUCGUCAGCAGACCGAAAGGACGACCCCUCCGGGACGGCUCCCUCUGGCCCAACAGACUGCAGUUCCUCAACUGGCGCCCCGCAGGACACGUCCCCCUUUGGCUUCUCCACCCACCCGGCCCUCGCCCUGCCGACCCAGCUGCCUCGCUCGGUGAGUGAGGCAGGGCCCAGGCAGGGGCGGGAGGAGGGCGUCACGGCCCCCUGCUCCACCGGCACAGGGAGCCAAACCAUCCCGCCCACCGGGCAGCAGCACCGUGGCUCCAGCUAUGGAACGGGAGGCCGGAGAGGUAAGUUAAGGGGACAAAGGGGGCACAAGAACCUCACUGUGGGGUUCGGCGGACCACAAGCCCAGGCUGGGGGCCUGGUCCGUGCCUCGGCCCUUCCUCUCGCUGACCUCCAGGCCCCCUCGCGCUCCGACGGAGGGCCCCGGUGGAGAAAAGAGAAGAAAGACUCACCAGGAAGGCGGCAGCUUUUACACAGACGCCGGCAUGCAACGACACGAGCACGUCUUCAUUUUUUUAAAAUUAAAAAGGGGGGGGACGACACACAUUGCUUUAAAAAUACACCACUGGGAUUGUUUUUAUCCUUUUGCAAUUUUUUUUCUUAAAUUAAAUCAGG